GCCCGCGGCUCCACCCAACCGCCAGGUCCCAGCCGCCUGGACAGAGUGUCGUAGAGCCGCGAGCCUGCGAGGAGCACGCCGUCCGCCCAGCCCCCGCGCCGGGUCCCGCGUCCCCGCGUCCCAGAUCCGCCGCCAUGGCCAGCGAGGAGCUAGCGCGCAAGCUGCAGCGGCGACUGCAGCGCGAGGAGGCGGAGGAGGGCGGCCCCCAGCCCGCGCCCCGCGCCGCGGCGGCCCCGGAGCCGGAGCCCGAACCCGCCGCCCGCGCGCCCCUGGCCAGCGCCGACGCCGAGCUGAGCGCGAAGCUGAGCCGACGGCUGGACAUCAACGAGGGCGCGGCGCGGCCCCGCCGCUGCAAGGUCUUCAACCCCUACACCGAGUUCCCGGAGUUCAGCCGCCGCCUCAUCAAGGACCUGGAGAACAUGUUCAAACUGUACGAUGCUGGACGGGACGGCUUCAUCGACCUGAUGGAACUGAAGCUGAUGAUGGAGAAGCUGGGGGCUCCCCAGACCCACCUGGGCCUGAAGAGCAUGAUCAAGGAGGUGGACGAGGACUUUGACGGCAAACUCAGCUUCCGUGAGUUCUUGCUCAUAUUCCACAAGGCCGCAGCGGGGGAGCUCCAGGAGGACAGCGGGCUGAUGGCGCUGGCGAAGCUCUCCGAGAUCAAUGUUGCCCUGGAGGGCGUCAAAGGUGCCAAGGACUUCUUUGAAGCCAAGGUCCAAGCCUUGUCCUCUGCCAGUAAGUUUGAAGCUGAGCUAAAAGCCGAACAAGAUGAGAGGAAGCAGGAGGAAGAGAAGAGGAGGCUCCGCCAGGCGGCCUUCCGAGAACUCAAGGCUGCUUUCAGUGCAUAGUCAGGCAACCUUGACCUCCGUCCACCGCUGUGCCUCACGGAUGCCCCAGCUGCGAGAGCUGGCCAGGCAUCCUCACUCCUGCUGACCCCUCACCCUAACCAGCCUCCGCACCCACUGCCCAAUGCAAACUCCUUAGCCUCAUAGGGGUGACAGGAGAUGCCUCUCAUCCCAGUGUGGAAGCCCCUUCCUGGCGCUCCUAGGAUGAGCCAACAGCCCCCUCGCCUCUCUCUCCUGCCCACCUGCCUCUGUCCUUCUCUGUAGCCAGAACGUGCCUCUACUUGGCACCCUCUCCUUGUGCCUUGGCCCUUUACCAUUCCAUGUUGAAGAGUGGCCUGCUGGGUUAAUUUGUACAGAUACUUCCUUCUUUGGUGGUCCUCAGAGGAGAUAGUCCCUGGAGGGCUAUGAUGCUAAAUGCUGCCGUGUCCUUGGGUAAUUAUUCUCUGCACCUCUCCCCGGCAUGUCCGCCUCCUCUUUGUUUCUCAUUCAGCUUCCUGGUUCUCAGGCUGAGCCUGAUUCUGUCAGUUGCUUUUGCAUCUUCUUCUGUCCUUUGAUGAUGGUGAGGUUUAAGGAGAGCUAGGCUGGACCACUGCCCCCUCUCCAACAGUGGGCGUGGCAUGCCACUGAGAUGACACGCAAUAGAGAAAAGAUAGGAAGUUCUGUUUUUCCCAUCACUUUCUCCUGUCCUCUUAGCAACCCCCAUAUCCUCCACCCUCUUUAUCCUCCUCCAUUCAUUUCUUCCCUUUUCAGCCUUUUUUUUUCUACUCUUAAAGACUGUGCUACUUAACUGUAAGAAUGAAAGAAUACUUAGAAGUAAUAUUAAUGAGUAGAAGAAUUUCUGUUCUACAUGAUUCUAUGCAAAUUAUAUUACAGUAGACCCCUGACACUCCCAAGGGACAAACCCAGAGCCUUUCAAAAUCCCCCCGAGUCAUGACCGUCCUCAUCAUCUAGCCAGUUUCCACCAUCGGGUCCUAGGCGUUGGGGUGAAGGUGUUCCUACUGCCAGCACAGAUUUUUCUAUGUUGUGAGUUCUUGGGAUUGCUCACGAAUGCAGCGGUUGGUUGUAUUUUGAAAAGUAAUUCCUAACAUCAUAUUUGUUACUUCUCUUUUGUAACUGCUGUCUUUACAAUAAAGAAAAUAUCUGCAUUUCUACCUUACAGCUGUUUCUUUUUAAAUAAACAGAGCAAAUGGACUUGGCCAUCA